AUGGCAAAGCUUUACGAGGAGGAGGAUCCACACGUUGCGGUUAGAGCUGCAGGAGGAGGAGGAGGAGAAGAUCUUUCAUACAUGUCACCAGAGUAUGCAAUCCGGAGAACCAUGACAGCGAAAGCCGAUGUCUAUAGUUUUGGGAUCCUUCUCCUUGAAAUCGUUAGUGGGAGAAACAAUGCUGAGUACAGAGAAAAGGAAGAAACUGUUGUUCUUCUAGAUACGGCCGCUAAUUUACGUGCGCGGGGAACGCUAGGAGACUUGGUUGACUCAAGGUUGGGCCGUAAUUAUGACAGGAACCAAACGAACAUUGUUCUGAAUUUGGCAAUGAUGUGCACCGAACAAUCACCUUCUCGCAGGCCUACAAUGUCUCAAGUUGUGGCUGUACUUGAAGGCGAAAAAACCCUUAACAAUAUUUCUGAAGAGAUCGCUCCCUCGAUCUCUCCUGCUUGAGUACCGGAUGGUCAAUAUAUAUAUAUAUCUUGUGUGUUUUGCCAUGUUUCCAUAUCUAUUGAUUCUUGAUUCUUUUCUUUUCUUUUCUUUUUGUUGGUUUCUUGCCCUUGAUCCUCCUUUUGAUUUAAAUCUUCCUAGUAAAGAUUGAAGGAAAAACAUAUACUGGUUCUUAAGAAUUAUGGCCCUGAAAAUUGGAGACCUAGCUCGUUGAUAUUAUGUAAUAUCUAUAUAAAUUGUUUCAUGUUUUCAAUUAUAAUUGCCACCUUAUUUA